AUGGCCUGCGAUAUGAGUACUAAUGAACUCUCGGGAUACGCAGAUUUUGAGUGGGCGGUUCAACUAAAUCGUUUCAGCUUGAAAAUGAUCGGUCUUUGGCCGGAAGAAACUGGCAGCUCACAAGAGAAGCUGUUUUCAAAUUUACGAUUUUCAUGCGUCAUCAUCGUCAUCACUUGCGUCUGUACUACUCCUUCGUUAUAUUUGCUACUGAAAGUUUGGGGUGACAUGAUGGCAAUGAUAGACAAUAUUUUAUUCACUUUACCUUUAUUGUCGCUCUCCAUGAAACUGUUCAUUAUGUGGUGGAAGAAAGAAAUUUUGCCUGCUUGUAAUCUUUCAGUGAGAUAUGUGACAAAUAUUACUGAUCCAGGCAGACUAUUACCAGUACAAUCGCGUUAUACCUAUGAUAUAACUAAAAGUCCACAUUAUGAGUUAACAUUUAUUUCUCAAAAUUUUGAGUGGGCGGUUCAAUUAAAUCGUUUUAGCUUGAAAAUGAUCGGUCUUUGGCCGAAAGAAACUGGCAGCUCACAAGAGAAGCUGUUUUCAAAUUUACGAUUUUCAUGCGUCAUCAUCGUCAUCACUUGCGUCUGUACUACUCCUUCGUUAUAUUUGCUACUGAAAGUUUGGGGUGACAUGAUGGCAAUGAUAGACAAUAUUUUAUUUACUUUACCUUUAUUGUCGCUCACCAUGAAACUGUUCAUUAUGUGGUGGAAGAAAGAAAUAAUUUGUACUGCAUUUACUCAUAUGUGUCUCUAUUGUGCUGCUGGCGAAUUACUAGUAAUGAAGUAUGAAAAGGUUUACAACGCGGUGUGCGAAUGCAAAUGGUAUACUUUGGAAACAGCGGAAGCAAAAAGUCUAAUUUUUUUGCUGCUUCGCACAAACAAACCACUCUACAUUACAGCUGGGAAAAUCUUACCUAUGACAAUGUCUACAUUUUGCAGUAUAUUAAAAACGUCGGGUGGGUAUAUAUCAGUUUUACUCGCAAAUCGGAAUUAA